AUGAGAUUUGCGAAAGAAGUCCAUGUUGCAUCUAGAUCAGCAGAAGUAGACAAAAUCGGAAAGUUUCCGGGGCAUGAUAACAUUUGGCUACAUUCAAUGAUCAAAAGCGUUCACAGAGAUGGCACAAUGGCUUUCCAUGACGGAGAUAAAACCAUCGCUGAUGUUAUCCUUCACUGCACGGGGUAUAAAUUUUAUUUUCCUUUUCUCGAGACGAACAAGGCUGUGACUGUGGAGGAUAAUAGAGUUGGCCCUCUUUAUCAGCAUGUUUUUCCUCCUACAUUGGCACCUUGGCUUUCAUUUGUUGGUUUGCCAUGGAGGGUUGUGCCCUUUCCUAAAUUUGAACUCCAGAGCAAGUGGAUAGCUGGAGUUUUAUCGGGACGGAUUACACUGGAGUCGACUGAGGAAAUAAUCUGCUUAAGAAAAUUUAGCAUCAUCGAGGCGAUGGAUCACAACAACGGAAGUCCAAGCCCAGCGACGAGUGGAUCUCGAGACUCCAACGGUACCUGUGGGAUCUGGAUGGGGGCAGAAGGGCCCGGGGUUUAA